AACGCCAUUGUUUUCCCCCCGCCAGGUGAGGACUGUGCACAGCCCCUGCCCCCCGACUUCCAACCCCCGCGCUCCGCCGCCGUCUGUGACAUCAUCGGGGACAAGGACGGCCCGCUGGCCGACUGCGUGGCGCGGCUGGACUGGCGAGAGUUCGCCGCCGACUGCGUGUACGACGUGACGCUGCGGGGCGGCCGCCAGGAAGCCGCCUGUGACAUCAUCAGCGACUACGUGUCGGAGUGUCAGCUGCAGGGGGGCUGUGUCAAGUCCUGGAGGACCAGGACCCUCUGCUGGAUGAGGUGUCCUGCCAACAGCAUGUACAGCAUCGCAGCGCCCGGCUGUCCUCUCACCUGCACGUCUCUUUCCUCACCUGGGGAGUGUGAAGCUCCUCCCACUGAGGGCUGCGUAUGCAACCCGGGUUACUUUUGGAGUCAGGACGGCUGCGUGCGAUUGGAAGAGUGCGGCUGCCGUUUCCGAGGCGGCUACCUGGAGUCUGGUCAGAGUGUGCGCCCGAGCUGCCAGCAGGUGUGUUCCUGCCAGGGGGGUGUGGUGUCCUGUCACGACACACCUUGCAGCACACCUGUGGACUGACCUGCUUGGUUGCUAUGACAACUGCCAGCUGGGUUAAACAAGGUGCAUUUCCACACGUGAUCAGGAAAAUGAUCUGGAAAUGAUCCGAUUCUGUUUUUUAAUUGCAUGUAUUGCCAAAGUUCAUUCCAAGUCCUACUAAAAUCAUAGCAGAA